GGAAACAAAGAGAUGAAAAUGAAAGUAUAAAAUAUGAUGAUGAAAAGGGAAUGAGCAUCAUUUUUUGGGCUGAUCUGCUUUUUUUCUGGUUCACAUUCAUUCAAAAAAGAGGAGCGUUUGUCUCUUUCAAAUCUUUAUCUUUAUUAUCAUCAUUACCACCAUCGCCAUCAUCAACAGCAGCCUCAGCAUCAGCAUCACUUAUUUACAUUAAGCAAUGAACAUGAAAAGCCAAGAUGUUAAUCUCACUUUUACCUGACUUUGACCAUCUCCAAGUGUCGAUAAAUCACAAUGAUUGUUUAAUCAAAAACCAAUUGUUUCAAACAGGCAACAAUCCAUAUUUUCACAUCAAAUAUUAACAGCCAAAUUCACAUCGACUGUUGACUGUUAAAUUAACAUUACAGUUACAUGUAUUAUUAAUUGUUAUGCUUUGGCCAACCGUACCAAAUUUUACACUAAAAAUGAAUCUCAUUUCUGCAUUACAAUGAUUUGGGUUUGGAAGUGAUGAAAUUAACUUGAUUAGUUAAUGAUAAAUGGCUUCCUUUGACUAUCAAACUAGGUUGGGCCAUUGAUGGUUCAUGGUCAUCUCCAUUAUUCAACCUUUUAUCAUCAUCAUCACCAUUAUCCUCAUCAUCAGACCUCCAGGCAAUCAUUGUGAACAUUUUCAACAGCCAAACAAAUCUGAUUGAAUAAUCACAAUAAUAAUACAGUUGGAAACGGAUAAUUAAUUGACAUUUAACUGUCAAAAACAAGCGGGCCAAAAGAUGGACUCAACCACAAGCAAAGUAAACAUCUGAUCAUUGAAACUGAAUUUCACUCUUUCCUCAUUUAACCCAUAAUUUGGCUGAUCAACGUUUCUUAUUCAACUCAUCACUUAAUAGUUUCCCAAGAUCAAUCAACACAGUUUAUAAUUAAAGCUCAAGAAUAAAGCUCCACUAAUUGUUUCAAGCAACACUAUUCAGCUAAUUGAAUCUCAAUCCAACUUUCGGAUAAAGAUGUAAAUGAAAAUGUUCCCACGUUCAAAAUGUUAUUACAAUCAAAAAAGUGGAUUCAAUUGGGGAUAUUAAAGUUGAUAUAAUAUCCAAUAGAUACUUAAACUGUGAAAACAGAUGAUUUUAAAUACACUUGUUGAGUUGACACAAGUAAACUGGCGCAAGCAAAAGGAACCACCAAAAUUUCCUGAGAACCAAAUACAGUAAACUUAAAGACUCAAGGGAAGUGUUAAUAAGGCAAAUGUAAUAAUCGCAAAGGGAUUCGUAUUGGUAUUAUUACAUGAAAAUUACCGAUCACCAUGUAAAAAGCUGGAUAAGAUUUUAACCAACUUUUCCUUGGAUUGUUUCAUUUUUUUGUCCAAUUCGUGGGAUCAAAUCAAUUUUGGCUAAUCUCAAUGGAGUUAAUUCCCUUGCGGUUGAAUUAAGCUUUUCAUAGUUUAUUGUCAAUUACGGUUCACACGAAAUUAAUAUUAAAGCGUGUGACCCAUCAAUAUUGAACAUAACUAAUCAAAGGAAUGAACAAUGAAAAAUGUAAAAAGAAUGGAAAAUGUAACCAAAAAAUAUUUUCCAAAAUUUUUCAUCAACUCAACUUGAUUGUAAAUUUCAGCCUGGAAAUACUAAUUUUGACCAAUUUCAAGACUCAUUAUGAAUGAGGACAACAUCAGGACCUUAUUAUUAAUGCAUGGCUCAUCAUUAUUCCAGUAAUCAUGUCAACAUGGAAACCAAGGAAAGGGGAAGAAAAGGUUGAAAUUUUACUCUUUGUGAUUAAGCAAAUUGAUUUAAAAUCAGGUUGAUAGUUUCCGUUCAGGAACUGGAUUGUAUUGAUUUAACCAUAGGAUUUAUGGGAAAAACGAGGUUAACAAUAAGAUGACGAAGGAAGAGGAGGAGGAGGAGGAAGAAGAUAAUAAUGGAUAUAAAGAUGUAAAAUGUAAAAUGUAAAAUGAAGAUAAAAAUGGGAUGAAAAAUAUUUGUAACAUUUUCACUGUUCAUCUUUUAAGCAAGGAUUCAAAGGCAAUAACAGUAUAAGCCAAACCUGUGAACACAUUGUUAAGUUAAUAAUAUCUAGAUGCGUGCCAGUCGCAUGGCCACAGGUCACAUCAGUCUUUAUAUAGUCUUUUCAAGUAACCCUCACAUGUAAUGCACAUUGUGACCUGGAGACGGGAUAAGGCCUUUUAUUAUUGUGUUCAAAUGCAGCGCUAGUUACCUCAACCAUCUGCCUAGACAUUGUUACUGAAAAAAAAGGGAAACUUUAAAAUUGUAUCAAUACAAACCUUUUUCCGAUCAUCUCUUCUCGUUAAGAUCACGGGCCAACAACGAGUGACAAGCCUAGGCCUUAGACCUUCAAGGUUCCUCUUUAUUUUCCUCAUCUUCCUCUCUUCCUCUCUUCAUCUUCCUUUCAUUUCUCCUCUCUUUACCAUAACACAUUCACUCUCUUUCAUCUUCCCAACCUCACUUUUUUAACUCAUUUCAAGCUCUUUCCUAUUACCUCACUUGCUCACUCAUCAUCAUCAUCAUCUUCUUCUUCUUUAUCGUCAUCUCUCCUCUUCUCCAGCUUGAGAGAUCUUCUUUCUGUUUAGUUGUUAACUGACCUUCUUCACACUCACAUAUGAUAUGAGGCUUCUUCAUCUAUUACAUAUUUCGUUACUUUGAUCAUCAUCUUCAUUCUCAUCUGUCUUCCACUUGAAUCACCUAUUCGGAAUCCUAUUCUGACCAGAUAAACUGCCAAUUGAAACCUAACAUGAUCUUGUUCACCUUUUAACCAACAACAACACUCAACACUUUCAAAUUUUUACAUUGACUUUAUGUGUUUCUGUGUAACUUAUUGUUGGUUGUUUUGCCUGCUUUAGUCCAAAGGAUUACAUGUUUUGUUUUCAUGAUUAACUCUGCCAUCAUCUUUACAUCAGACUCAUCAUCAACAAACCUAAUUGAAGUCUCAGAAGCUGUGAACACUUUAACUUUUAUUCAUCAUUUCAAUUUCAACUUUUGUUUUUUCUUCUUUUACUUUUAUUCCAUUCUCAUUGGGAUUCUUAUUUAACCUUUAACUUUCCCAGUCAAAUUAUAUUUACUGUUACUUUAUCUACAUCUUCAAGUGUUUAUUAUAUUAUCAUUAGUUUGUUCAUUGUUGCCAACAUCAUCACAAACCCUUUGGGUAAUAAUUUCAACAAUCAUAAUUAUUGUCAGUAUCUUUUCAUAAGCUUCAAAAAAGUAUAAAUAAUUUCUCACUGUUGAUUACAACCUUGCUGGUUAAUUUUACAAAGUUCACCUUUAAUCAACCAUCUUUACUCAAUUGCAAUUUACUUUAAGCAAUGUUAAUCAACAUAAUUUACCUAAUUUGUGUAAAUAUUGCCCUUGUAAUUGGAGCAAGCAAUUCAUUGUAUGAUAAACAUGAGCUUGGUUCAUUUCCUCGAUGUAUUAAAGGCUGUAUUUGUGAUACUGAUGAAGCAAAUAGGAAGCGAGUUACCUGUAAUUCAGGAGGACUCACCAAAUUACCAAUCAAUUUAAUCGAUGAAUCUACAAAGGUACUCAUUAUUGAUGGGAAACCGGAUCAGGAAAAUACCCUUAACUUGGGUAAAAUAUUUGAUAAAUUGACUGUUUUAGAGGAAAUUAAAAUAAGCCAUUCUCGACUACCUGCCAUUGGCGAAUCAUCUUUCUGGCCUGGAUACAAGCUUAAAAGUAUCGACCUGAGUCACAACUCCAUCAGUAUUUUAUCUCAACGCGAUUUUUACAAUCUUUCACACCUUACAAGCCUCGAUUUGAGUGACAAUCGAUUGAAUGAACGUAAUAUACCUUCAGCUCCAUUCAGCUACCUCAUCUCAUUGAAACGACUGAGCCUUGCUCGAAAUAACAUUCGAUCCAUUGUUCCUCGUAUGUUUUACCCAUUAACAUCAUUGGAACACCUCGACCUCAGCGGUAAUCCAUUGUCUGACAUAAAAGCUGAUUACUUUAUCGACUUACCCGUUCUUAGCUACCUUUCACUUGAAGCUUGUGGCCUAAAAGAUAUUCAGUCAAAAAUCUAUAAACCUCUUAAUAAUCUUCAAGAACUUAAUUUAAAAGGGAAUCGACUUACCUUCUUAACCUCAUUUGGUUUUAAACCUUUAACUAAUCUUCGUACAUUACAUUUGGAUAACAACCGAUUAAUGACUCUUAGUGAUGAAACCUUUGCCGGUCUUCAACUAAACCAUCUUGGACUUUCUUCAAACAACAUUACCGGCCUUUCCGCUUGUACUUUCUGUUCGUCAACCAUUGAAAGUCUUGAUUUAUCUCAUAAUCGGAUUCGUGGUAUCGUUGAUAAUUUGCUUGAACCAAUCAAUGGCAGUUUAAUCAAAUUAAAUUUCAACAAUAAUCCAUCACUCAUCAAUCCAGGGUUAUCAGUUUCACACUUGAUUAAACCCUUACGUAAACUUCAGUACCUUUCUCUGGCAGAAAUAGCUCUUGAUGAUUCCGUGUCGGAAGAUAUUUUCAGCAAUUCAUCUUCCUUGCUAACUCUUGACUUGUCCGCAAACAACUUUGCCGCAAUCCAACCUUCACUAUUUGUCCCUCUUCAUCACCUAGAGGCACUUAACCUUUCACACAAUUCACUUUCCAGCCUAGACGAAUCAGUUUUGGAAACCUUUGAUUCAAUAACAACAUUACGUCUCAUUGCCUUACAUAAUAAUCCCUGGUCCUGUUAUCGAUGUCAUAUAUUACCUUUAAUCAAUUGGUUGAAUAAAUUACCACCCGCUUAUGUUAACCUUUGCUCAACCUUUGGCCAUAAUGCGGACAAGUUUUGUGUUAAAUGUUCAACUCCUAGUCACCUUGAAGGUCAAUCUAUCCAUAAGAUCAGCGAUGAUGACAUUGAAUUUUGUCCUAACCAAUACACCAAAAUUCAAAUGAGAUUAACCUAUCCACAGCCCAAAAUUGGAAUGGUUUUGGGAGUUCUUGUAAUCAUUUCAUUAACUUUUCUAAUCAUCAUCAUUGGCCUUAUCUACCGAAGACAGGGCGCCGUUUAUUAUACCAAUGAGAAGGAACCAAAUCAUUGUUUAACUCAUCCAGAGGAAGCUAUUGAUGAAGCAUUCAUCAUUGAUUGUACCGAUGAAAGUGAUUUAAAGAAACACUUUAAUGAUAAAAUAAUAAGUCUAGAGGGAUCACCAAACCUUAAAGACAAUUACAUUUCAGCAAUUAGUCCAUCCACUUUAUCACCAUAUUCAACAUACACUUCUUUUGAACCCAGAUUGAGGUACUAAUUAUGUAUAUAAAUAGUAUCAAACCAUGGACCAUAAUUUUUAUUUCAUGUAAAUCUGUUGACGCCAUCAACAGUGUAUAAUUGUGAAUGUGUGUAAUAUUAUUAUUAUUUUCUCAUGAGCCUAUUUUUUAUUACUAAUCCAUCAUUAAUCCUCACCAUCAUCGUCAAACUCAGCCUUCUAUCCGCCAUUUUCAACAUCAUCUUCAAAUAUCAUUUUGUUUGUUUUUUUGGUCACAUUUCUUUCUCCAUUAUCUUAAUUUGUAAACUGGCUUCAAAUUGAUUGUAAUCACCUUUGUUUUUCACCCCAAGCCAGUUGAAUCGAAUUAACUAUCCAAACAUAUAAAUAUAUACAUAAAAAUAUUGUUAUUUUACCCAUGUUUUAAUCUCACCUCUCUGUCCAUCUCAAUUUUGUUGAGAGAUUAAUAAAAGUUGAUCUGCUAUAUUUCAA